AUGGAGGACAGCAUUGACCCCAGGCUCCGCGGCACCGACGAGCAGAGCUCAGCUGUCGCCCACGAUGCUCAAACGGGCCACCAUAACGCUGUAGCACCGCAACCACCAUCGAUAGCAUCACCAACGACAACGUCGACCGUAGGCCCCAGUCCAGCGUCAAUCGGACCCCCGACCGGCCACAGCUAUGGCGCAACUCCGGCCACGCCAGCGACAGCUUCGCAUCCCCCCUACACGGCAGAUGGCGAAACCCCCGACGGCGCUGCUGCUGGCCACGACGGCACGCCAGGCGACCCCAACGAUCCUAAACGACCUCGUGCCUGCGAAGCUUGCCGCGGACUAAAAGUCAAGUGCGAGCCCGAGCCCACAGAUCCCGACGGACCUUGCAAGAGAUGCAAGAAGGCCAACCGGUCUUGCAUCAUUACGCAGCCCACUAGGAAGAGGCAAAAGAAGACGGACAGCAGAGUUGCCGAGCUGGAAAAAAAGAUUGAUGCUCUGACAGCGAGUUUGCAGGCAUCAAGAGGUGCGCCAGCAUCACAGCCAUCAUCUGCCAGCGACCAGACCAACUUUGCCAGUUCCCAUCAGCAACAACAUGUUGUUGCCAAUCUACCGCGAGAAUGGCACCAACCCCAAGCACCAUCCCGGGAACCGCAGCCACAGUACAGCCCGGAGCAGAGCAGCAAUGUGCCCUUCCUACCACCCGUGGUGAUGGCUGGCCAGAAGAGGAAACACACGGACACUCCAGAGGGCUCUGCAGAAGAGUUGAAAGUUUGGCCAGCGCCUCCACCGAAACGAAACGAAUACACCACGGAUGUAAUCGAUCGCGGCAUCAUGACGAUGCAGCAAGCCAACGAGUGUUUCGCGCGGUAUACAGACCACAUGACCAAACACCUCCCUGCUGUCGUCUUUCCUGCAGGUACAACAGCAGCAGAGGUGCGGAAGAACAAGCCUAUUCUCUUCUUGGCAGUCAUGGCGGCUGCAUCCUCCGAGAUUCCAGAAAUUCAACGCCAACUGGUCAAGGAACUGGUGCAAAUAUUUGCCGACAAGAUUGUCGUCUAUGGCGAGAAGAGUUUGGAGCUUGUCCAAGCACUUCAAGUCGGCGUCAUCUGGUAUCACCCCCCGGAGCAUUUUGAAGAGCUCAAGUUCUAUCAGCUUGUGCACAUGGGUGCUGUUAUGGCCAUUGACAUUGGCUUGGGCAGGAAAAAGAGCAGUAGCAAGCAAAAGAUGAUUCCUUAUACUUGGAAAGACCAUCCACUGCGGAAACAUCCACUCCCGGAGCCCACCACGAUCGAAUCUAGACGUACUUGGAUGGCAUGCUAUUUCUUGGCCUCUAAUGUUGCCAUGGCAUUGCAUCGCCCCAACCUCAUAAGAUGGGCACCUUUCAUGACGGAAUGCAUGGACAUACUAGAGUCCUCUCCAGAGGCUGCGCCUACUGACAAGUACUUGUGCCACCUGGUUUGGACGCACCGCCUGGCAGAGGAAGUCGGAAUCCAAUUUUCAAUGGACGACCCAAACAUAUUUGUCAAUAUUGCUGAGCCAAAGGUCCAGUAUGCUCUCCGGGGUUUCGAGAGAGAUCUAGAGAGAUACAGUGAUUCCAUACCAAAAACCGAAAAACAAGCAUCGCUUCUCCUAAGCUUUAAUGUGCUCAGUCUCUAUAUGCAUGAAAUAGCUCUGUAUGUUGAAAAACCAGAUGAUAUACGGCCACCGUAUAAUGCAGAUGCUCUCCGAGACCCCGUCCCCGGAUUGAACGAGUCUCUCACAGCUGCUCAUAUUGGAGCACUAAGCUCUUGCUUAACUGCAAUUGAUGGAAUCUUUGAGACAUUUCUGAGCAUGGACGUACACAGUAUACGCUGUUUACCCGUUUUCAAUUUCGUUCGAGUCGCAUACGCUGUAGUCGUCUUGAUCAAGAUGUACUUUAGCGCGAGCAUGCCCAACUCUGAGCUUGGAAAGGUCAUCAACAAGGAUCACAUGAAGGUUGAAGAAUACCUCGAGAAACUUCUUGCCAAGUUUGGCGAGGUUGCUGCUGCUGAUAGGUCACGGCCAGCGGCCAAGUUUAUUGUCGUCUUGGCUAUGCUACGAGGCUGGUUUCAGAAACAAGGCAAGGGAGAACCUGGGGCUCCGUCACUCCCACCGCAACAAAUGUCGGGCAAUGAAUUGACGCCAAAAGGAGAGACUGGUACACCAGUCCCGACUCCACAGCCUCCACAGCAACAACCGCAACCGCAAGCCAACGAGUAUAAUCCAGCAAAUACUCCUUUGCAACUGCUCUCUGAGAUUGCGACGGGCAACCGCGGCGAUCAGGUCAGUACGGCGAGCAGCUCAAAUCUCGCCUCGACCCAAGCUUUCCCCAACACCUGGAUGGCAAACAACACAAUACAACCCACCCCACCCUUUGUAUUUGAUCAUAAUAACGUGGGCGUAGCCUUGCCCUAUCUCAACAACUCUUUCUCGGCCGACUUUGACUAUUCCAAUCUGGGCGAGGGUUUCGAACAGGCUAUGGGCCUGACCUUUGGCGGGUUCAUGGAUCCUGAUAUGAGUAUGCAGGGCAUGGAGUACAUUUUUGACGGAAAUAGUAAUACUAUGGGAGGACAAUCGGCCUUUACAUAUCAGUGA